CACUACAUCAGCUGCUUAAAAAAAUACCAAAGGUGUUUGGCCGUCGCGCAUUUUCAAUCGCAAAUUAAAUGCUGCUAAUUUUGUAUAACAACCGCAGUGCUCGAAUAACAAAGCAAAACACGCUGAUUUCAACGAAUUAAGUGAAUUUAAGGGGUAGCAAUUAGGCUGCCUUGUGUUUUUUGUGGCACCUGCGUUUUGCGUUGCUUUUUCGUGCAUUCACACGAAAAACACACACACACGGCCGUGCAGCGAAUGCGUGUGUGUGUGAAAUUGUGCAAAAAGCUGUGACGAUAGAGGAGGGGGUGGUGCGAGGGAGGCGGACGGACUGUUGCUGUUGAACGCGAAUAUUCAUUGUUUUUGUGUGUGCACUAUAAAUUAAUAUUAAAGUGCCUGCGUCAUGAGGGGACCGCUUACCUCUCGCCAGCGAGUUCAGCAGCUAAACAGACAGCUGCUCAUUUGGCGAGUGUAAACAAAGCAACACACACACACACACAUAGAUAUAUCAAAACGACUGCGACGCCGCCGUCCUUCACCUUGCUGCGACUGCGACGCCGACAUCGACUGUGGCUGCAACUGUUGUUUGCAUAUUGAAUUUCACAUCUUUAAGCCGCAAACUCUCCAUAUCCACAACGUCCACCACUUCCAUCUGCCGCAUCAUCUUUUGUCUGGCCAACCUGUUCGGUUUUCAGACAGGAAGUUUCGCAGUAUCCAAGUUUAGCCAAGUGCAGCGACAGCGACGCCGACGUCAACGGAAGCAGCGACGCUCGCUGCCAGCGCCGCCGAAGCAGCAGCUGUAAAGUAAAACAAGCAGCUCUUUUAAACUCGGAUAUGACCUCCAUAUCCACGACGGAUGGCGGCCACAGCAGCGAGACGGCCUGGCUGGAGGACCUGCUGCAGGAGGUGCAGCUGGAGCAGUUCCUGGACAGGAUACGGGACGAUCUGCAGGUGACCCGGCUGGCCCACUUCGACUACGUCCUGCCCGACGACCUGGAGCGAUGUGGACUGGGGAAGCCGGCCAUCAGGCGACUGAUGGAGGCGGUGCGGAAAAAGAAGGCUCACCAGUGGCGCAAGAACAUCCUGUCCAAGCUGAUUGGCGGCGGCAAGCAGCCCUCGUCCAAGAAGCAGUCGUCCUCCGCCCGGGAAUCGGGUCAGGGCAAUGGCACCCAGCUAACCUGCCUCAUCCACGAAAAGGACAUCACAAUGGGCCUAAAACUGGGCGACGGAUCGUUCGGUGUGGUGAGACGCGGCGAGUGGAGCGCCUCUCCAGCGGGCAAGGUCAUCCCGGUGGCCGUCAAGGUGCUCAAGUCGGACAACCUCACCCAGCCCGGCAUCAUCGACGACUUCUUCCGCGAGGUUCAGGCCAUGCACGCUUUGGAUCACGCGAAUCUGGUGCGGCUCUAUGGAGUGGUGCUGUCGCAACCCAUGAUGAUGAUUACGGAGUUGGCGGAGCGAGGAUCCCUGCUGGACACACUGCGCAAGCAAUGCCGCCACACCUCGCUAACGAUCAUCUGGAACUGGUCGGUGCAGAUUGUCACUGGAAUGGCGUACCUGGAGCAGAAGCGCUUCCUGCAUCGCGACCUGGCCUGCCGCAAUGUCCUGCUGGCCGCUGGCAACAAGAUCAAGAUCGGAGACUUUGGUCUGAUGCGCGCUCUGCCGCAGGAGGACGACUGCUAUGUGAUGUCCGAGCACAAGAAGGUGCCCUUUCCCUGGUGCGCUCCCGAGUCGCUGCGCUUCCGGCAGUUCUCGCACGCCUCGGACACCUGGAUGUUUGGCGUGACCCUCUGGGAGAUGUUCAGCUUCGGCGAGGACCCUUGGGUGGGGCUGAACGGCUCGCAGAUCCUGCGCAAGAUCGAUCGCGAGGGGGAGCGUCUGCAUCAGCCGGACGCCUGUCCACCGGAUGUCUACGCCAUGAUGCUGCAGUGCUGGGAUAAAACGCCUGCCGAGCGACCCACAUUCGCUGCUCUCAAGGAAUACCUGGCCAGUAUGUCACCGCCUGUGAUGCGUGCCUCCCGCAGCCAUCACGAGUCCAAGGGACUUCAAAUCGAGCCCGGUGACACCAUUGCCAUCAUCGAUGGACGCCACGAGCUCAAGUUGAUCAAAGGCCAGAACCAGCGCACCUUCGACAUCGGAAUCUUUCCCAGGAGUCUGCUGGAGCAGCGGAAAGUGGCUGCUGCCGGCGAUGUGGUGAUGCGCAGCAGCAUGGGCAACGGCUCAUCGUCUUCGCCUUUCGGUUUCUGCUGGGGCGGAGCAGCUGCCAUGGCAAAUGGCGAGGAUCGCCAACGGAAGUGUGCCUCGAUGGCCAAUCAAGCGCACGCCAAGGAGCGCAAGUCGACCUCCAGCAAGCAGUUUGCCUACAACAAACUGGUCAAUGAGGCGGCAGCUGCGGCCGGACUCCAGCGACGGAAUGCCGUGAAGCACAAAGGACCGGUGGUGGGUCCACAGCGACCGCCACCGCCGCAGUUCCAGCAGGAGGGCAUUCUCAUCGACAUUUCGCCCGAUAUGCGACCCUUGCCCGGCGGAGGAGGAGGAGCAAAAGCCGAAGGAGCGGGCGACAGUUCGUCCCUGCAGGCGGACAGUUCCUUUUGCAUUCUCGACGCCCCCAUAGAUGUGCCCACUUAUGCCGGAUCCAGUGGAUCGGGGGAACUGAAUGUUUCGCCCACAUACUUCAACGAGCAGCCGCAAUUCGACUUCGAUCCGGCCAACGUGACAGCCUCGCCUGGUCGGCUGCAACCGCCGCCGUACCAGAUGCCACCCACUUACUCGAACACCAUGGAGUUUGUCCAGAAACGAGACCUUCACCAACAGCAGCUGGCGACGCCGGUAAGGGAGCGGGAUCCUUUCGAUACCACCAACCUGGAAACAGCAGUCGCACUCUACUCGAAUUUUAACCAGUCCCUCGAGGCGGUUCCUCCGCCAGCCCCGAUCUACACCAGUCCUUCCGUGCGGAAAAGCCUGUUCGGCGGUCCCAACUCGAAUAAGGAGAACAUACCUGCGCUGGAAUCUGCGGCGAUGCAGCUGAAUCUCAGUAACCUUGCGUUGGAGCGACGCGACACAGUUGCCACAAUGGGCAGCCAGCCCAUGGAGCCACUACCUGCGCCCCCGGCCGACGGAGUGCUGCUGGACAAAUCCUUCAUCGCCGAACUGGAGAAGGACAUGUACAGCAAUGGGCAGAACCGGGCGCAGGAGGAGUACCAGCGCAACUCCACCCAGAUGUACGCCAGCAAGGACAUGGUCUACAAACAGAAUCUCACGCCCCUCAAGAACGGAGUAGCCGCCGGUGCGGGCCACUCGAAUCAUUCCAGUCCCUCGUCCACAGCCUCGCCCAAGCAGAACAACCUGGAGGCGGCCGCAGCGGCGGCGGUGGCCACGACGCAGAGUGUGGUGAAUCGCAUUUGGUACGAGCAGGUGGCCUCCACGCCCUCCGAGUACUACGCCCAGCCGCCGCCGGAGGAGCAGAUCUACCAAAACCAUCAUCACCAGCAGCAGCAGCUGCAGCAGGAGUCCAACCAUUCGUUUGUGGCUAUUUCGAAUAGGGUGGUGGUGGCACCCAAGAACACGGCGUACGCCUCCGCCGGCUCUCUCUAUGAUGCAGUGGCGGCCAGCACGGCGGGAUCUACCUACUACGGCCAGGUGCCGAAUGGAACUGGAGCUGUCCUGUACGAUGAAGUCACCCACGACGAUUACCUGCGGCCAACGAGACCUGCUCCGCUGGCGCCACCGCCACUUUCCGCGCAGCAGAUCCAACGGCGGAUGGACAAGAUGCGACUGCAGCAGCAGCAGCAGCUGGAGGGAGCCCAUCAGCUCUACGCCCCGGUGCCCUCGGACUAUGGACGCGAGCAGGAGAAGCUCCAGCAGCUGAUGCAGGAGCUGGGCAGCUCUGCCGUGGAGCAGGAUGUGCGCAAUGCGUUGCGAGCGGCCAGCGGGGAUGUGGCUCUGGCCACGCGGCAUUACAAGAUCGACCAGCUGGCGCGAUUGGGCGUGGCCGGACGACCCCAGUGCGAACAGGCGCUGCAGCAGACCAACUGGAGCCUGGAGGUGGCAGCCGAGUUCCUGCUGCAGUCCACAAAUGCGGGCUAAAGUCCCGAAAAGAAUAACCAUGUAUUAGCGCCUCGAAUACAAUUGCUUUAGUUUUAAUUGCUGAAUAUUCGUCUAUGAUUAGCCAACGAUGUCUCGAAUCUUUAACAAAAUACUCCUAGGUGAAUGCCCAAAUGCAAACACACAUUGUCAACGACUGUACAAUAUCUUCUAUUUUAUAUAAGCGAUCGUAUAAAAUUACUUUAUAAUUGUUAUUCGAUGUCUGCGUAUUCUAAAGUGCCCCACAAUUUGGUUUACAGACGAAGCCGCGGAUCGACUGGUUCAGGUCAUAAAUUUAAAAGCAUGCAAAAAUUAAUUUUGUUUUGAAAUCAAAUAAAUUAUAUGUAAUUGUUACAAAACAAA